AUGACCGAUACAUCAAAAGAUUCUACUGCGGAUCAUGAAUAUGAAAAGUCAAUAUUAACAGCACAUGCCGAAGGGAAUAUCUUCAAUUUGAGCAAUGCUGGUAACCAACUUGCACCCGAAGCAUUACAUGGAAACCAUGACCUGAAAACUCUUCGAAGAUCCGAAAGGAUCCGACAACGACGUGCACAAGAAAGCGAGGAGAGCAGAAAGGAACGACUGCAAAGAGAUGCAGCAAGACAUCGCUUGCAUCGUCUACAAGAAUCAGAGCAACAAACGCAAGAACGUCGACGAAAAGGAGCAUCACGAGAAAGACAACGGCGAGAGCAAGAAACGAAUGAGGAACGACAUGAACGACAAGUAGAAGAUGCAUCACGAGCAAGGCAACGAAGGGGACAAGAAACGAAUGAGCAACGACAUGAACGACAAGUAGAAGAUGCAUCACGAGUAAGGCAACGAAGGGAACAAGAAACGAAUGAGCAACGAUAUGAACGACAAGUAGAAGAUGCAUCACGAGCAAGACAACAACGGCAGCAAGAAACUGGUGAGGAACGACGUGAACGACAACUGAAAAAUGCGUCACGAGAGAGACAACGACGGCAACAAGAAACGGAUGAGGAACGACGUGAACGCCAAGAAAAGAAUGCCUCACGAGAAAAAAGACGAAGAGAGCAAGAAACUGAUGAUGAACAACUUGAACGACAAGUGAAGAACGCUUUUCGUCAGCGCCGUCGUCGACAACAAAGCUCAUCUUUGUAUGCAGCGGCACUUCGAGAUGAAUUUCCUUCUGAAAGUUAUCAUGGAAGAAUGGAUAAUAUUUGUCAACAUUGCAAUGCCCUUCACUUUAAAGAAGAAUGCACAUCCGAUAGACACGAUGAAUUCAAGCAAUGUUGUCACUAUGGGUCUGUUCAACUUCCCGAACUUCUUCCAUAUCCAGAUGAAAUCAAAACUCUUCUACAAGGAACCGAUGUUGAAUCAAAACAUUUUCGAGAAAAUAUUAGAAGUUACAAUAGUGCUCUUGCAUUCGCAUCUAUGGGAGCUGAAAUUGAUUUACCACAAGGUUUUGGACCCUAUUGCUUUCGCAUUCAUGGACAAAUCUAUCAUCGGAUCGGCCCACUCAAUCCUGGUCCUGGCCAGAGAGCUCAAUUUAGACAACUUUACAUUUUGGACUCAUCCUUGGCAUUAAAAGAACGGAUGGGAAAUGCUGCUAAUGAAAAUUGCAAUGAAACAACAAUGAGCAAACUUGGCGAUAUAAUGAAGAGAAUUAGUCCUUAUGCUGCUGCCUACAAGAUGAUGCAUGAAGUGGAACAAGAAGAAAUUGAUCGAGCUAAGAGAGAAAAACGAGCACCGCCUCCACUUCGAAUGAUUUUUGACAUUAAUCGUGGAAUUCACGAUCGGCGACUCUACAAUCUUCCAACAGCGAAUGAAGUCGCUGCAGUUUUCGUAGGUGAAGAUAGUGAAGUUCCAACAUAUCGACAUAUUGCUAUUCAUCCACGUGGUCAAAGAUGGUACCCAGAAUUGGAAAAAACUGAUCAAUCACGAAAUCGAAAAAGAGUAUCAAUGCUUCAAUUCUACAGCUAUCGAUUGGCUAUUUGUCCAACCUUCAGUGCCAUCCAGUAUGGAGGAAAAUUAUUCCAGCAAUAUAUUGUUGAUGCUUAUGUGAAAACUGAACAAAAUCGCCUUGAGUUUCAUCGACAAAAUCAAAAGGCUCUUCGAGUAGAAUUAUACCAAGGUCUAAUGGAUCAUUUGGCAAAUGAAGCUGAAACUGAAGGUUUAAGACCUGGACGUGUUAUAAUACUUCCAUCAAGUUUUCAAGGAAGUCCUAGAGCAAUGCAACAGAAUUAUCAAGACGCAACGGCAAUCGUCCGAUAA